AACCCGCGCGCUGAGAGCCGCCUGUCGCUCUUCCGCUGCUGCCUAGCUCUAUGGGCGUGCCUUCCGUGGGCCGUGAGAGAACCGCGAGCCCCGUUUCUCGCCAUUGGCGGCUCCGUUCCCCCUCCGCGCGCCCCCGCCGGCGCGCGGGUGGUGCUGGGCGGAGGGGAGAUAGAAGAGGAAGGACCGGCUUCUUCGGCGCGCCUGGAGCCGCCAUCUUGGACGGCGAAUCUGCCCGCUCUGCUGCUCUGCGGAGGGGAAAGCGGCGGGGGGCUGCCCGCAAUGGAUACCAUGGCAAGCCCAGAAAAGGAUCACUACAGAAUGAAAAGUUAUAAAAACAAUGCCCUCAAUCCCCAAGAGAUGCGGCGACGAAGAGAAGAGGAAGGUAUUCAGCUUCGUAAACAGAAAAGGGAAGAACAAUUAUUUAAACGCAGAAAUGUUGCUCUACUGGGAAAUGAAGAGUCAAUGCAAGAAAGUCCAAUCCAGGAUCCUGAUGUGAGCUCUACAGUGCCUAUUCCUGAGGAAGAUGUCAUUACCUGUGAUAUGGUGCAGAUGGUUUUCUCAGAAGAUCCCGACCAACAACUUGCAGCUACUCAGAGAUUUAGAAAACUGCUUUCUAAAGAACCUAAUCCUCCAAUAGAUGAAGUCAUACAAAAACCAGGAGUUGUGCAGAGAUUUGUGAAAUUUCUAGAAAAGAAUGACAAUUGCACUCUUCAGUUUGAAGCAGCAUGGGCUCUUACAAAUAUAGCAUCUGGGACAUUUCUGCACACCAAAGUGGUAAUCGAGACCGGAGCUGUCCCAAUUUUUAUCAAGUUGCUGAACUCUGAACAUGAAGAUGUCCAGGAACAGGCAGUGUGGGCUCUUGGUAAUAUCGCUGGAGACAAUGCAGAAUGUAGAGAUUACGUGUUAAACUGUGGAAUACUUCCCCCUCUCUUACAACUGCUAACACAUUCAAACAGACUUACAACGACUAGAAAUGCAGUCUGGGCACUUUCAAACCUCUGUAGAGGCAAGAACCCACCUCCUGAUUUCAGCAAGGUUCGUCUUUGCUUAGGUGUUUUGUCAAGAUUGUUGUUUAGCAGCGACCCAGAUGUAUUAGCAGAUGCUUGCUGGGCCCUCUCUUACCUAUCCGAUGGACCAAAUGAUAAAAUCCAAGCAGUUAUUGACUCUGGAGUCUGCCGAAGAUUAGUAGAACUUCUGAUGCACAAUGACUACAAAGUGGUAUCGCCUGCAUUAAGAGCAGUAGGAAAUAUUGUUACGGGCGAUGAUAUUCAAACACAGGUAAUUCUAAAUUGCUCUGCAUUACCCUGUCUCUUACAUUUGCUGAGUAGUCCCAAGGAAUCUAUACGGAAAGAAGCUUGCUGGACAGUUUCUAAUAUUACUGCAGGAAACAGAGGCCAAAUUCAGGCUGUUAUAGAUGCAAAUAUAUUUCCAGUAUUGAUUGAAAUUCUUCAGAAAGCUGAAUUUCGCACUAUAAAAGAAGCAGCAUGGGCCAUCACUAAUGCAACAUCAGGAGGGACUCCUGAACAGAUUAGUUAUUUGGUGGCUUUAGGCUGUACCAAGCCUCUCUGCGAUCUUCUGACUGUGAUGGAUUCUAAAAUAGUUCAGGUGGCAUUGAACGGACUUGAAAACAUUCUGCGACAUGGAGAGCAAGAAUCUAAACAAAAUGGGAUUGGGGUUAAUCCUUACUGUGCCCGUAUAGAGGAAGCGUAUGGACUAGAUAAAAUUGAAAUUCUUCAAAGUCAUGAAAACCAGGAGAUCUACCAAAAAGCUUUUGAUCUUAUUGAACAUUACUUUGGUGUGGAAGAAGAGGAUGCCAAUAUUGUACCACCAGUGGAUGAAAAUGAACAGCAGUUUUUGUUCCAGCAGCAGGAAGCUCCAAUGGAGGGAUUCCAGUUGUAACCAUUCAGUUUAAAGCAAAAUAAGUAGCUCAUCAUGGUAGCCUCCAUUUGUGGGCCAAAGACAGGAAAGGGGAAAAUGUUUUGCUGGAGACGGAUGAAGAAGCAAACUCGUGCAUUUAUGUGUUUCUGUGUCAGACACAAGUAUUGGUUCAUUCUUUUUUAUAUGUGUAUGUUUCCAUUGUCUUACGUGCAGAAAAACCGACUAAUCACAACUGAAAGUUUAGAAUAAGGCUUGAAUAGUGACCUCAGUAAGACAUUGGAAACUGAUGCUGAGUUUUCAAGCAGUUGUUAAAAAGGCAAAAUUGCGCAUAAACAGCUGUUGAUAUUUUAAAUUUUGGCUGUAGGGUUCACAUGCCCAUUCUACACUAAAUCUACCUCUUUGCAUUGGAGCAAGAAAGAUGUUUCAGAACUGACGUAUAUAUGAGCUCCUAGUAAAAGCUAAGCUUAGAAUGUGAACAUUAUUUAUUUAAAUAGUGGGAAAUAUAGUUUUAUGUGUGAUACUUUGUGAUAAACUGAUGAAAUAUAUUUAUAUUUAAAAGCAUAACACUUACUGGGGUGCACUGCUGGUUACAUGACAUAACCUUACAAUGUAGGGAAAAAAUGGUUUUUCUGCUAUGUGAAAAGGGAUGGUAGCUUUGUAAUUUAUAUAGCCCUUACCUAGCCAUGUCAGCAAAAUUCCCUCUUCCUCUUAUUUAUUCAGUGGUAUUGCAAAUAGGUUUGCCAAGUGUUCAGCUGGCUCCUUCAACAGCAGCUAGAUGGGCAGUGGGAUAAUGUUUGCCUCCAUGCUGUGAAAUGUAUUACCUGCUGAUUUUUGUGCAUCAAGUUGCUCUUAAAAGGCACGAGAGCAGGCUAGGCUGUUUUUGGUCAGUUGGCAACCUGAUUACAAAAUGGUUAAAAAUUAGUUUGCCUUGCAAUGACCUCUGUGUUCUUGUGAGGAUGAGGGAAGGUUUCUCUGUAUAGAAGACUCCACGUUGUAACUUAAAUGCUACCAAAGUGUGUGAAACUGCAAUAUUGUCUUUUCUUGAAACAAUGAUUACAUGCUUUAUUUACACACAGUCCAUGUAUUACAUUGACCCAAAUACACUAAUGCAUCUCAUACAACUUUUGGGG